AUGCCAGAGGUGGCGGUAUCACCCGUCCUCGCAGCCUGGGAGGCUUGCGACAAGACAGACACUCUCUUCGUCCUCAUCUGCACCGUCAUCUGCUGGACCAUUGUACCCACCGUUGGCAUAGCCUACUCGGGAUACACAUGGAAGCGCAACGCCCUCCACGCUGCCAUGCCUUCGAUCCUCACUAUUGCGACUUGCUCGAUCCAAUGGUUUAUUGUCGGAUACACACUAGCUUAUGGCGAAGGCGGUUGGUUCUUUGGUUCUCUCAAGCACUUCUUCCAUAAGGGAGUGCUUUCCGAGCCAGUUGGGACAAUUCCGGCAAUCCUGUUCAGCGAGUUCCAGUUGGUCUUUGAGGCAACGGUUUGCGCCAUUGCUGUGGGCGGGUUCUGUGAGAGGGGGAGGCUGUUGCCGGUUAUUCCGUUUAUCUUCCUCUGGGCGACAUUUAUCUACUGCCCGCUGGCACAUAUGGUAUGGGGCGGAGGCUUUCUCGGAGAGGGUUUGGGCGUUUUGGACUUCGCAGGAGGGACCCCCGUCCACGUCUGCUCCGGUGCCACCGCUACCGCCAUCAGCAUCUACCUUUCCUACCCGCUCUUCCGCUCGCGUAAGUCCGACAUCCGCACGCCCACCCACAUUCGCAUCCACCGGCCAGGCAACUCCUUCUUCCAGCUUUUGUCCCUGAUCAUCAUCUGGGGUUCCUGGCUUGCCUUCGAUGCCGGCACCACCCUGUCCCUCAACUUCCAGUCCGUCAUGGCCCUCUGCGUCACCAACCUGUGCGCCGCCUCGGGUGCCCUGACCUGGAACCUCUUCACCUUCUACGAGACGGGCAAGUGGUCCAUCGACUCGACCUUCAUGGGCGCCAUCUCCGGUCUUGUCAUGAUCACGCCCUCGGCUGGGUUCAUCGAUAUGCCGACCGCCUUCUUCUUCGGUGUCUUUGGGGCUACGCUGUGUCGCCAGGCGUUGAGGAUCAAGUUUACCAAGUUUGCGCAUCAUUGGCGGUGGGUUGAUAACGGUGAUACCUUUGCUACACACUGCAUUGGUGGUGUGGCUGCUACCAUUAUGACGGGACUGUUUGCGAAGAAGGAGGUGGCUGCGUAUGGUGGCGUGGAAGUCGCUGGUGGAGUUUUCUUCGACGGAAACGUACGGCAACUGUGGGUGCAGAUGGUUGAGGCCAUUGUUGGGUUUACGUGGGCGUUUUGCGGGUCGUAUAUGAUCAUUGCUUUGAUUGAUUGCGUUCCGGGCCUUGAGGUUUUGGCUGUUGAUAAACACAUUAGCCAAGGCCUUGAUAUGAACGAGGUUGAGGAGUUCUUGGGUAACCUGGAAUAUCCUGAUGAAGUUGAUUACACUCCUACUAACAAGGGAAAUAUUUCUUUAGAGUGA